AUGACAACUUCACUUGGAAAUUUUUCUAUUGAACGAUUAAUCGAUCAUUCACAAUUAACAACAAUUACACAUGUUAGAUCAACCAGAAAUAAUGUUAAUCAAAGUGAGCCGAAUUUCAACUCGAAACGAUCAAAUAAUAAUAAUAAGUUAAUUUCUACUACAACAGUGACGACAACCAUGUGUAACAGUGAACAAAAUUUAUUUAUGCCAACUGGUAUGUACAUAAAAGAGUUACAAAAGUCAACGACAACUAAUAAUAAAAUGCUGAGAUCAACGUCAAGUCUUCAUAAUAAUAAUAAUAAUAAUAAUAAUAAUAAUACCAGGAAUACUUCUUGCAGCAAUAAUGGCUUGAACGACACGAAAAAACAAUCAAACUAUUUAUUGGAUGAUGUUAUAAAUAAAAAUCAACAAUUCUAUAAUUCUGUUUAUUCAAAUCUUGAUAAUUUUCAUCAGGAUGAUUUAAAUAUAACAAUGAAGGAUAUAAAUCUAACUUCCAGGAGUUUUUCUGUUGAGAAAUUGGAUAAUAAUGAUGAUAGUUACAAUGUGAAGAUAAAAAUAAUUGAACAGAAUAAUGAUGACAUUAAUGUUGAUGAUGAUGGAGAAGAGGCUGAUGAAGUCUUAGUGGAAGAAGAUGAUAAUGAUGAUGAGAAAAAGUCUAAUUCUGAGUUGAACACGUCAGAUAAUACGUCUACAAAUAAAACAUAUACAUGCCCAGAAUGUGGUAAAGUAUUUACAGCUCAUUAUAAUUUAACAAGGCAUAUGCCUAUUCAUACCGGUGCAAGACCUUUCAUUUGUAAAGUUUGUAAUAAAGGUUUUCGUCAAGCCAGUACCCUAUGUCGCCAUAAAAUUAUUCAUACAUCAGAAAAGCCACAUAUAUGUUGGAUAUGUGGUAAAGCAUUCAACAGAAGUUCUACUUUAAACACCCAUUCGCGAAUACAUCAAGGUUAUAAACCAUUCACAUGUGAAGUAUGCGGUAAAGGAUUUCAUCAGAAAGGUAAUUAUAAGAAUCAUAAAUUGACGCAUAGCACAGAGAAACAAUAUAAAUGUCAUAUUUGUCAUAAAGCGUUUCAUCAAAUUUACAAUCUUAGCUUUCAUAUGCAUACACAUCAAGCAAAAAAACCAUAUAUUUGUAAUAUAUGUGAUAAAGGAUUUUGUCGUAAUUUUGAUUUGAAAAAACAUAUCAGAAAACUACAUCCAACUAGCAUUAUUGAUGAUGGAGUAAAUUGUAAACUCGGAGAAAUUGUUAGAAUUAAUGAUUUAAAGAUGAGAGGUAAUAAUGAUAAUGUAGGCAAUAAUUUAGUCGACAUACCAAAUCAUACCUAUUCUAUGGAUUAUACUGACAAUAUCAAAUUACAAAAAAUGAAAUAUAUUUACGAGAAUGGCAACCAUACAAAUUGUAAUAUACCAUCUAUGGAGUUUGAUCCAAUGAAGCUUAUGGUCACAUCAUCAUCUUCAUCAUUGUCAUCACCAUCAAAGUUAAUAUUGACAUCAACAACCUCAACAUCAAAUUCCAAAAUGAUUACUCGAUCUGCAAUAAAACGAAAUGAUAUGAACCACUUCAAUUAUCAUGAGAUAGGUAAUAACCAUACGUUAGAUGACAUGAAGAAAUCAGUUCAUUUAACUCCCGUAGAUUCAAGCGUUUCUCUGAUGACAUCCUUGAGAAAUAGUCUUGAUUCAUCAAAUAAAAUCGAAUUAGGUGCCCAAUUACUCAACGAUUCAGCGUAUCAACUAACAAAUUCUAUCAAUGAUCAAUCAGAGAUACAACAGUAUCAGUUGAAUCCGGGAAAAAGCAAUAUAGACUUAUCAAUGAAGUACUUACAAAAUUUAUAUCCAGAUGUACAAGUAAAACAAUUCUUAGAAAAGCUAAUGCCAAAACAUUCCUCCCCAAUAUUAUUUAACAAGUAUUCUGACUGCACAGAUUUUUCGCCUGAAAUGAUUCCGUGUUCAUCCUCAACACCAUACUAUCCAUCAGUGUGCCCAUUAUAUUUAUCACCAUUAUCCUCAUCAUCUUCAGUUAAUUUAUUACCAACGAUCUCUAAAAUGAAAUCAAUAAAAUCGGAUAUACCGAAUUAUUCCAACAUCGAUUACUCAACUAAUUUACAGUCAGUUAAUGCUUACAGUGUAACUAACUUAACUCCACAAAUGCCACCUUCUAUCUUCAACAAUCGAAAUAUACGAAACUGUCCAAUGAAUACUAUGCAACACAAUACAGAGUUAAAAAUUCUAAACUCUGAAUCUAAUUUACCAUUUAAUUCGAAUUUAAUUCCUCUUCAAACCUCAUCUUUAGCUAAUUCAGAAAUAUUUAGAAAAUUUAUGCUUCAAGCAUGUUUAUCAUUAAAUCAACAACAUAUGUAA